GCCGCCGCGGCAGCAGCAGCAGCCGCUCACCUCCCGUCCAUGGCGGGCGGCCAGCAGCCGCCGCCGCAGAGUCUACUCUACUCCCAGCCCGGUGGCUUCACGGUGAACGGCAUGCUGAGCGCGCCCCCGGGUCCCGGCGGCGGCGGCGGAGGCGCGGGUGGUGGAGCCCAGAGUCUGGUUCACCCGGGGCUUGUGCGCGGGGACACGCCCGAGCUGGCGGAGCAUCACCACCAUCAUCACCACCACGCUCACCCGCACCCGCCGCAUCCUCACCACGCGCAGGGACCCCCGCAUCACGGCGGCGGCGGCGCGGGGCCGGGACUCAACAGCCACGACCCGCACUCGGACGAGGACACGCCGACGUCUGACGACCUGGAGCAGUUCGCCAAGCAGUUCAAGCAGCGGCGCAUCAAGCUGGGCUUCACCCAGGCCGACGUGGGGCUGGCUCUGGGCACGCUCUACGGCAACGUGUUCUCACAGACCACCAUCUGCCGCUUCGAGGCCCUGCAGCUCAGUUUCAAGAACAUGUGCAAGCUCAAGCCACUGCUGAACAAGUGGCUGGAGGAGGCGGACUCGAGCACCGGCAGCCCCACGAGCAUCGACAAGAUCGCGGCCCAGGGCCGCAAGCGCAAGAAGCGGACCUCUAUCGAGGUGAGCGUCAAAGGCGCUCUCGAGAGCCACUUCCUCAAGUGCCCUAAACCCUCGGCACAGGAAAUCACUAACCUGGCCGAUAGCCUGCAACUGGAAAAGGAGGUCGUGCGGGUCUGGUUCUGCAACCGGCGCCAAAAAGAGAAACGCAUGACGCCCCCGGGCAUCCAGCAGCAGACACCGGACGAUGUCUACUCGCAGGUGGGUACCGUGAGCGCUGAUACACCGCCACCGCACCACGGGCUGCAGACCAGCGUGCAGUGAAGGCCCGGGGCGCAGCGCGAAGAGGGCCGCCGCCGCCACCUCCGCAGCCGCUGUCAGCACCGCCGCCACGGUC